AUGUCAAGCAACAUAAAUCCUCUUCCACUCAUGCGCCGUACAUCCGAGGGCAGUGCACCGUCAACGCCAUCCACACCAUCAAGCAUUCCAUCCUUUCGCGCUAUCCGUAAUCUCCUCCCGUUUGGAAAUAGCAAACCAGCGUCGCCAGCUCAGCCGCCAAUACAAACGAAACACCCUUUCCACUUUUCAUCUCUCCGUCGCUCCAGUGACCGCAAACCUUCCAUCUCCUCUGUCCGGGAUCGACAACACGACCAGGAUAAUCCCCCUGUCAUGUCUAUAUCCCGUCUUGAUGCUGAAGAAUUCACUUCGCACAAGAGGAGCUAUGAUCUUGUCCGUGCUGCCUCUGCCUCUGACAGCCUCCUCCCUUCACUCUCCAUGGCUUCACAGUCUCCUACAAUUGUUGACGACGAGAUGUACGCCCCCGUCUACCCAUGCCCCGCUGACCUUAGUACCAUCCUGGAAGCUGACAAUUCGGGUAUUUCGAGACACAUCCCUUCCUCAAGUCCAUCACCCUCUCCCUCCCCUACUUCGCCACACACUUUCUUUCCAUCCAAGGUCAAGUUCUCCCCACCACCAUCUCAGGACACCUUUCCCAUCUCAAAAGACCCAUCUGCUUCCCAAACUUCUUGUGAUCCCUCCCCCGCCACCUCCAAUCUUGAUCUCUCCCUCUCAAAAUUAUCCGCCGAACUCCAUGAUGCUCUAUCCCCCACCACUGCCGACGGUUGGUCCAGUGUUAUUGUGGUCGAAGAUGCAGAUAUGCCAUUCCCACCUCGGAGAACAAAUUAUGGGUAUGACAGCAAGGAAACGGUUUCGUGUCUUCCUCAGGCCUCAGACCCAGAUGCGACCUUUGACUUCAGCGCGCUUGAUCCUGACCUUGCUGAGCUACUCAGCCCACAUCGCACGCCCAGCAAGGACAAAGAGGAAUCAGCUACUAAUAUAUCCGUGCCAAAUGUAUUCAGUAGUACGCCAUAUGGAGUUGCAUGUACCACAAUCCCUCAAACACCUGGUCCUCGACUUCAUUCCGCGCCUUUCGCUGAACGAUCUACUACACCUUUGUCGCUAGGGCCCCCUGAAGCGCCAUCACGAGAGCCAAUAACGCCUUUAUCGCCUAGCAUACGGUCACCAGCAAUUCACCAGCCUACAACCCCAUUUCCUCGACCUUCACAAGGAGUAGUGCGCUCUCCAGAGCCCUACAAGCUCCCUAUUACCCGUCCCUCACGUCGCCCGCCGUCGCAUUUGCCAAGGCUUAUGCGGAGUGUCUCUUCCGCCCCUCCUUCAAUGGCUGCGGGCACGCCAGUGACCUCAGUCGAAACAGUUACAAGAAUGCAGAGGCGUCAGCCUCCGUCUCCUUUAUCGGCUGGGCAGGUCACAGUGGACACGGUGAUGCGAUCGUCAUCGGAUACUACGGGGUUAAGGGUAUCUUCGGACACGGGUGUGUCUCGCCCAUCAGUAGAUGUCAGCUUCAUACCUCGCUCCUCUUCCGACUCAGGAAUGAGGAAUACUCGCGGUGGAUCAGUGGAGCAGAAUCAACACCCAACGCUGCAGGUACAUGUACCCUCAUGCCCAAGUGUUGAUGUUGUUCCCACCAGAGGGGCAACACCUUCGGUGCCCUGCAUCACCACAACCCUUGUACCUACUUCUGCUGCGCCUUCACCCGCCAGUCUUAGUGCAUCUUCCUCAACCACCCUUAUCUCACCCUCCGCUACCACGACCAGCGCAAAUACAAGGACUCCCACAUCUAGCCCUCCCCCAACUACAAGCGCCCCCCAUGACCCAACCCACCUCCGCCGCCGUCAUCACCCCCACCUCUUUUUCAGCCGGAAGAGAAGCUUAAGUGUCGAUGAGCCUUCAUCCUUAUCUGCUCAUGUUGAAAGACCAGGAUCCAGCGCGAGCAAUCGCCUCAAUGGGACGGGGAGGUCCGGGCUUGGUGUUGGGAAUGGAGUUGGAGAUAGAACAGGGAGAGUCAACCUCUCUCCCGGAGAAAACAGACUUGUGUCCUCCCCACUCACCCGCAGCACGCUUACACCAGGACCUCCAAAUAUGGAAUGGCUCGGUCCAAGGACUGCCAAAGCCUUUGCUGCUGCUGGGCUGCUUGAUGGGGAACGAGAGGAGUCUGGUGCAAGGUUCGAGAGAGAGAGAGCAGGGUCUGUCACUGUCAAUGUCAAUCGCUUCGAGCAGGACCGAGAAAGCGCAAGUUCAGCACUGAGUCGGUAUGACCGCGAAGGUGCCACUUCGGUGAUGAGCCGGUUAGACCGUGAUCGUGAAACGUCUCUUGGCCGUUAUGAUAGAGACUAUUCGACGAUCAACCGGUAUGCUUCAUUGCGGGACCAUGCUCCUUCGCGUGCGGCGUUUUCAGAGGCUGCGAGCUCGUCUUCGCUUGGGACGAGGAGCGCGGGUACGACGGGAAAUGCUGGUGCAGGUUGGAGCCCAAGCCCGACGUUCUCGAGUGCUGCGAGAACUGCGUUUUCGGGGAGCACGGCCCCUACGAGCGUGAGCAGUGGUGUGGGAUCGGGGAUCGGUGCUGGGGCUGGGGCUGGGGCUGGGGCUGGUGUUGGGAAUGCAAUCGGAGCCAACGUCCGGACGCUUCAAGACAAACAUUAUCUCGAAACCUCGGCCCUACUGAAUGCCCUUGCGGACUCCCAGGAGACGUGUAGGAGACUGAGGGAGGAGAAUGGGAUGCUGAGGGAAAGAUUGAGGGUGUUAGAAGCCAUGGCGAACCAGGACAGAGAUGACGUGGGCUUGGGCAGAGGUGUAGGACUUGGCGUGCUUAGCAUGGACGAGGAAGAUGGGUCUGAUAAAACACAUCGCUGCGAUCAAGACUUCGAGCGCUUGCCCCGCAAGCACCUUGCUUCUCUCCGCGUCUCCCCUGCCCACCAAUCCCGAACACUCACGCCCGUCCCCCGCAGGCCUCAUCUCGAACGUUCGCACUCGCAUCUUCCCCAGCAUGGCAGACACCAUACUGUAUCCGCUAAAGCGUCCUACGAUUUCACAUACCGACGGACCCCCUCCCCAUCACGGUCUACGCAGCUCAGACCUUUUUCCCCGCAGAAGAGGCAGCCCCAACCUCCAACCCCAUUGUCCGUCCAGCCUCCUUCCCCGCAGAAAAGACAACUACAGAGACAAAGACGCGCAAGCACAUCCUCGAGCUUAUUCCCCGCUCCACCGCUUGAAAUGUCGAUGUUGAUGCUGGAGGAUGUGGGGUUAUCUGCCACGGUGAGCGAGUCACCGCCCUCUCCUGGCGAUCCCUCCCAUGUUGGCAAAAAACUGGGGCAUAAACAAUCGUAUUCGCAUUCCAUGAUUCCUCGUUCGCACUCCUUCUAUAGACCUCAGCCCUCUUACCCAAGUCAAUCUGUAUCAUUCACCUCCUUCGCAUCGACAGGCACAAUAUCUGCGAGCCCAAGCACUGCGACGUUCUCGAUGACAGAAGCUCCGGGGUCUCCACAUAGUCUACAACUGCGCCCCGAACACGAGCUACACCUUGGCGAUAUGACGAGUUUGAGUCUAUAUGCUAUGAGCGACGGGGAGGGGGAUGAUGGGGAUGAUGGGUGGAAGGAUGAGGUAUGA